AUAAUCUACUACGGUCUGAUCAGUCAAUCUACGGGAGAGAACUGGGAACUGGGCAAGUUGACAUUGUCCACGGCCCAACCGAACGAAGGUGGCGGUGUUCCGGAGCUCACACUGGAACGAUUGGCUCUGAAGGAAAUCAAAAGUUCUCGGGACAGCACUCGACGUCGCGGUCCGAUAGAUCGUUCCAGGCGUAAUAUGAAAGCACGAUCUUUCCACGCGGACGAUGGAUACUCUGACAGACUGCCCACAAUUGACGAAUCAGAGCGAUGUCGCAUAGAUGAACCGUUGACAACAAGUCUCCGUGGUACACUGCUCCACUCCAUGCCGUAUUCGUACGAUCCGGAUCCCAGUUUUUGCUUCACCAGGGAAAGCAAAGAAUGGCCGAUUUCAACCCCGGUUCGAACAAGACAACCUAUAGGCUUCAGAAAUCUUCAGUUCAACUCUGGUGGCGUGAGUACGGAACAGGAAAUCAUCAGUGGCAUUGAGUGGUCCCGAAAUCAAAGUUUGUUGAGACAUAACAACAUUGCCUCGGAACCGACUGGUGUAAGCACACCAACCGAUGAGUACAACCCAUUCCAAUUUUUGUCGACCACGGGUACUACGCUCAGUAGGCAAGGGGAUCCAUUUGUUUGGUUUGCCCCCGGAUCAUCCGGAUCGGACCAACGAACAUGUAAAUUGCCGUCCGUUUCGUGUAAUCAGCAGUCGCUUACUUUUGAGGUUGAGCGCCCACCAAGUCUCAUCCGUGGGACCGGGGAACCACAUCGAGUCACACUGGGCGUACUGGAGUUUCGACCUAGUCUGGAAUAUAUAACGAUACCGAAACUGCUUCCCAGAGCAUUUUUACGGGCACGAAUGCACAACACAUCGGAAUUCGCCAUUCUCGAAGGCUCGGCGAGUGUUUACAUUGACAACUGUUUUAACGGAAAGACGAACUUGCCGGCCACAGUGGUACAAGAAGAGUUUGUUUGCAAUCUUGGUAUUGAUUCCGGAGUUCAUAUCACCUACAAACCAAGACACAAGUACAAAAAGACUGGGUCUUACAUAGGAGGAAAGACCAUGUCGAUCACAUUCACUCAAGUUAUUUGUGUGACGAACACCUACCCGAGAAGCUUGUGCAUCCUUGUGAUUGAUCAACUCCCAGUUUGCACCGAAGACAAAGUCAAGGUGCAAUUGCUGGAACCACCAAUUAAACACCCCGAAAGAUACGAUCCGACCAAGCCUGUUCGAAUUAAUAAACUGAAAAUGGUCGAGUGGGAUGUCAAACUAGGACCAUAUGAAAGCAGAGAACUUGUUCUUAAAUAUCUGGUUGAACAUCCAAUAUCAAAAGAUAUCAAUAUUACUCCGAUGGCAAGACAUUGA